UUGAUGCGUGAUAAGCGAUAAGCCUGGAACUUCAUACUAUUAAGUUCGAAUUUUAUAUGUGGCAUCAUUAUGUGUAUAUAAUGUAUGAAUGAUUGAAAUCGAGUGAUUUAUAUAGAUAAAACGUAAGCAAUGAACAAGUAUUUGAGAUCAGAUGUUUGAUAUAAGUAUUAUGGUGUAUGAUACAAAUAUAACUGAAGCAGUGAGCAAGUGUUUGAUAUAUAUGACAAGAUGUUUGAUAUAAAUAUAACGGUGUAUUAUACAAAUAUAACUUAAGCAGUAAGCAAGUGUUUGAUACAAAUCAAAAUCAUAUAAGAAAUAUAAGAAAUGUUGCAACAUGGUUCUACAGAAUGGAUAAACACUAUGGCACAUGUUAUAGCACGUGAAGUAAUACAACCGUAACAUUUUUGUUUCUUAGCAACAGUGUAAACACCCAAAAAACCAAGGCUACCAGUGACAUAUACUCACCCGAUUGGAAUGUAUUGAAAUAUAUUAUGUAUAUAUGUAAUAUACUUUUCUAUUUUACUGUGUUUAGGCAAUUGCUGACGAAAAUACCUUAUUAAAUGAUCCUCCAACGCGGCUUCCGCGCAACAAAUCCGAUUUUAACGGAUAAUGUUACUUGAUGCCGCUAAUUAAAUAACAAUAACAACAGUGUUAGUGACUUGUGUUGUUUCAAAAACAUUAAGUGUCUCAUAUCUAAGCGGUAUUACUUUUAAAAACGUCCAUGCCAGAUAUUUUCUUCUAGGCAAGUUGUAAUCUAAUUUAUCUUAAAAUUAAUAUUUUCCUGUAUUAAAUGGAAGUGACAACGAUAGCGGAAAACUCUACGUACGGAUUAAGUUUGGAUUACGAAAUUGAGACCCUGUCUCUGGCAAAUCGUGCAGUUCUGACAGCGUUCUUGCUGCUUUCCAUGUUACUCAGUCUCCUUGGUAACACGUUCACGUGCCUUAUCGUAUACAGGAAGAAGCCUAUGAGAUCAGCCAUCAAUCUACUGCUGACCAACAUUGCCACAUCAGACCUUAUCCUGACAUUGGCUGUGGCACCAUUUGUUUUGUACAACAUGCUGAAAACAAACAUUUCUGUCUUUGGAAUGUGUGUAUGCUUUUCGGUUCUAAAAGAUGCCUGCAUUUGUGUAACGUCAUACACACUGCUAGUCAUAAGUGUAGACAGGUAUUUAAUCAUUGUACAUCGAAAGGAUAGAUUAUGUCCAAAAAUGGCAAAAGGAAUUAUUUUGAUCAUUUGGUUCGGAUCUGUGUGCAUAAGUAUACCACAGUUUCUAAGUUUUGCGAAAGAAGAAUUUGUAACUUUUGACAAAAUAUUCUGUUACGACUCAGUUUCUGUCAGCAUUUCAAAUUUCAGACUUUCUUAUGCACUCAUAUUAUUAUCGGUAACAUUUUAUAUCCCGGUUGUCGUCAUGUUUUAUUUGUACGCCGCCAUCUUGAGAACGGUACAGUUGUCGUCAAAACGUAUUCACAACCAUUCAGGAAGUACAGUGAGCAUCUCAGUGACUCAGUACAGCAGUAAACUAGGUUUGCCAACUGUAGCAGUGCCAUAUAGAUUUACCGGUGAUUUUAAUGCAAAGAGAAAAGCAUUUGGGACCAUCCUGUUAAUAUUUAUAACUUUAUUUUGUUGCUGGCUGCCUUAUACAACGAACAGAAUAAUCACCUUAGGUGCUAGCAGACAAAUUCUCGUAGAAACAAUACUUCUAACUUUAGGAUUUCUUAAAAGUGCUUUAUAUCCAAUAAUAUUUUGUGCAAGGAACAAAAAGUUUAGAGUAGCAUGCCGGCGAUUUCUGCCGUCGUCACUUCAGAUACCGAAGACUUGUAUUCAGCGCAAGCAAAGACGUGUUGACCCUAAAUCGGUGUAUAAGUGUUCGGAGUUUGAAACCAGAAUUUAAACAGCAUUACUGUAAACCUAAAUCGGUGUAUAAGUGUUCGGAGUUUGAAACCAGAAUUUAAACAGCAUUACUGUUAACCUAAAUCGGUGUAUAAGUGUUCGGAGUUUGAAACCAGAAUUUAAACAGCAUUACUGUUAACCUAAAUCGGUGUAUAAGUGUUCGGAGUUUGAAACCAGAAUUUAAACAGCAUUACUGUUAACCUAAAUCGGUGUAUAAGUGUUC